AUGGCGUCCACCGCGCUGAGCAUGAAGUUGUUGAUCGAUACCAAGGCUCGGCGCGUGCUGUUCGCGGAGGCGGGCAAGGACGUGAUCGACUUCCUCUUCUCCCUCCUCGCGCUGCCGAUCGGCACGGCCGUCAAGCUGCUCGGGAAGGACUCCAUGGUCGGCUGCGUCAGCAACCUCUACGCCAGCAUCGAGAAGCUCGACGGCACCUACGUCCAGCCCGGCGCGUCCAAGGGCGAGCUCCUCCGCCCCGUCGUGCUCUCGCCGGCGGCCACCUCCAACAGCUCCCUCCUGGGUUUGCCGCCGGCGUCGUCGGCUCAGUCGAAGUCGAGGAGCCUCUUCAGAUGCUGCAAUACCAACUCGUACAGUGGCGGCAACUGCCGUAGCUAUGUGACUGAAACAAGCGGCACUUCCUGUCCGUUCUGUGGGAGCUCCAUGAAGACCGCUAUGACGGAAGUGCAUCCCGCGGCGGCCGGCCAAGUCGCGCGCGCCGCCGAGGCCAAUGAUGAAAGAGCCAAAGGGUUUGUGCAGGGCAUCGUGACGUACACGGUGAUGGACGACCUGACGGUGUCGCCCAUGUCGUCCAUCUCCAGCAUCACGCGGCUCAACACGUUCGCCGUCAAGGACCUGGGCGCGUUGCAUGAGAAGACCGUGCAGCUGCGAAAGCGAGUUGGAGCGAAUUUUUCAGGAUUUUAA